UAUGAAGCACCUAUUACGGAAAGAGACCUUUGGCGGUCUAUUUGUCACCGUCGUUCUCGUAUUGGGUAUCGUAGGUCGAUAUAGUGGAAGCACAGCAUCUGCAAACCAAGGUACAUUAUCAAAGAAGGCGAAAGAAAAUCUGCUCGCCGAUGGAUAUAAAGUUAUAUACGAGUACGCUACCGCCACUGAACUGCACGUAAACACUAUCACACACACACACUGGGCAACGGAAACGGAAACGGAAAUGGAAACAAAGAUUGUACUGCAACCAACAAAGGUGACUGACACGAUGUGGGCAACCGAGACCCACACGGUGUUCAACGAGGGUACCGAGACCGUCACAGCUACGUAUAUGCCCCCCGAGCAAGCACAAGAAUUUUGCCACGCCGAAUCCUGCAUGGACUGGUCCUUCAUUAUCAUCGCCUACAAUGAACCGGUUGCUCGGAACACCCUGCGCACGCUCAUGAGUACUGUACCGGGGAAUGUGUCUUGUGAAUAUAUAGUUAUUGACAACAGGGAACGACAACAGCACGGCUUCCAACUACUUCAACCUUCUACUUCACAUCCCCGGAUCAAAAUUGUUCCUGCCAAAACGAAGGUUUCAAGGGCAGCGGCUCUGAAUUUGGGUGUGGAAUCUGCCAAGGGCACAUACAUCUCCGUAGUAAGCAGCAAUGCAAUUCCAUCCCAUGACUGGCUCGAAAAAACUCUCAAUGUAUUUCGCACUUCGGACAGCAUUGGUAUGGUCACACCCAUGAUAAAGGAUGAAUAUUCGUGGGUCAUCGAGGCGGGUGGUGUACUUUAUAGCGAUGGUACCCAAGCGACGGCAGCUUUUAACCCAUACAGAAAUUCUGAGAGCAUAUAUACAGGGUACAACUAUGUGCGCGAGGUAGACUUUGCCUCGCAUAGAGCCUUCACCAUCAGAAAGGACUACUACAUGGCUGCUGGAGGUAUGCCACAAGACUCAGACAUUGCUCAGGUGGGUAUGUUAGACCUGUGCAUGCGCCUGCAUGGGGCUGGGCAAAAGAUUAUGUUCCAGCCCAAUUCUCAGGUCACAAUCCCUCAGGUAAAGCAUGAAACAGAUUUUGAGAGCAGUGAAGAAUUCAGGGCCUUUCGAUCUCGAUUUGCGGAUGCGCUAGCGCAAUACCCUGCCCCCGGGACACCCUACGACGAGGUCAAAGAUCAUCUCUCGUUGGGACCGAAAGUAUUAUUCAUCAACGACCACCUUCCAAACCCAUACCGUACGGAGAAUAGCGAAGAUGACAUGAGCGUGCUUUUAUACCGAAGUUUAGUGAAAAAACGAGCGAGACCUGUGUUGAUAUUAACAGAUCCCAGACCAAAAAGAAGUGCAGUGGCUACGGGUGGUGGCUUGAAGAAGUUCCUGGGCGGAAAAUCCCUCGGAGCUGGUACUGAAAGUGAAGUUAAAGAGGGGUCAACGAAUGAAGAGGACAUCCGCAUUAAAGAAAUGCAAAACGAUGGACUGGUAAUGACAAAUCUUGGGGUAGAAUUAUUAGCUCUCAGUACGGCCCAAUUCCGAGAAUAUUUAUCGGAUCCUACUGUGGGGGGAAAAGAGCCUUGUGCGGGUAUUAGCUUGGUUUUCGUAGGUGCUGACUACGUGGCAAGUGACAGAUAUCUAGCUGUGAUCGCCAGUCAGUGCGCCUCCGAUAUGCCCCAGAUAAUUGCUAACACCGCGGGCCAGAAGACGACAUUGAGUCAUAUCAAUAGUAAGAGACUUGUGACGAGUGAACGUAUACCCGAUCAUCGCAAGGACCACCUCAGUUUUUUGACGACAUACAAUCGCGUGCUCGUGCCCGGCAAGGCUGAGCUGUAUCGUUUGAAGGAGAUAUUACCCGAUAUUAACGUAGCAGUUUGCUCCGAUGUGUUUGCUAUGCGGGACACCAUGUCGGCUUUCGACCAAAGAGAGGGUGUAUUGAUUCUCGGGAAGUAUGAUGCAUCCAGCAUAGAAUCAUUGGAGAGGAUGUUCAUAGCCAAUGUUUGGCGGCCAUUUCAGAAGGAAGUGAAUGGGGAUGUGUCCGUAUAUGUUGUGGUAUCCGGUGCGCGUGUGAGCUUCAGUAGAAAUAAUAACAAUAGACUGACGUUCUUACGAGAACAAGACGCACCCACGUUUUUCUCCAAAGCAAGAGUGGCUGUUAUUCCUGGGUUGGGUCUAGAAGACUUCACAUCUACAAGUGUACAGGAAGCUAUGGCAUACGGUUUACCCGUCGUAGUAAAUAACCUGCAUCCCAGUUCAGAGUAUAUCGACAACGAUGCCAACGGAUACGUAGCGACUAAUCCUGAAGACAUGACAGCAAAGAUGUUGAAACUGUACGAGUCAGAAAGUUCAUGGAAAACAAAUGUCGCUGGAGGGUUUGGAACUAUCAAGAAGCAGCACUCUCUUUCCAGUGUGAAGAAGUGUGCGAAAGAGAUUGUAACUUGGGCGGGAGAAAGAUCUUGAACUGUGAAGGGAAUGGCCUUGUGAAACACAGGGAAAUUCCCAGCCCUGCUAAACACCGUGUAAUAAACUGC